AUGCAACACCAAGCACCGUCACGGAUUCAAGAGCCAGCUCCCGAUCCGGGCCAACUGGGUUUUGGUCUGGUCGCCCUGGACUUGGAAUGCAUCCAUGACCACGAGCAUGGCAGCUACGCUGCCAUGAACUGGCAUGAAACAUCGGAUCAAUGGUCGUGGAAGGCAAAAUGCCAGAUAAUCGAGCUCGGAGCAGUCAACUUGGUCACGGGCGAGUCGCUUCUUCUACGCAGCCGACCAGACUUUGCGUGGGAUGAUGUGAAAUCCGCAGCAACACGGCUAUUUGCCGAACACAGCGGCCACAAAGCUCUUGUCUGUGACACGGGGCUGCCGCUUUUCGCGCAGCUAUGGCCCACCCACGUUGUGCCCUUCAUGCAGCGGGCGGCAGGCUUCACAGGCAAGGUGGUGCUUAUCGCGCACAACGGUGACCGCUUUGAUCACUAUGUUCUGAGCAAGGAGAUCAACCGGCUUGGUUUGGACCUUCGCUGUUGUCCAGCACUGAUCUCUGCCGACCCGGUGGCGACGUUGAAGAAGCGGUUCAACAACGACCAGAUUCAGCGACUCUACGGCCAGCCGGGUGGUCUGAUGCUACAGCAGAUGCAUACAAACUUUGUGCCUGAACAACAGAGAGCGGCUGGCCUGCGGUCACAUCAGGCAUUGGAUGAUGUUCACAUGAUGCGGGACGUGAUUUGCUUCGCACCUUAUUUGGCGCCCUCUCUCGCACAGGACAUCUCGCUUGCAGCCCAUGGCUGUGACUUUCCGAACGUGACCUACUCGGUCUGGCAACGAUUUCUUCAUCCCGUUCCUUGCAGCAAACCUUGUAGCCCUGCUCUUCACGCUUGGGCGCAACCUGUCGUACAGAGCGUUCUGCUCAUACAAGCAGGUACAAUGACGAGCACCAGCCCCAUUGGCACUGUCAAUGCAGCGCCGCCACUGCAAUUUGCAGCUCCCGCUACGCCCGCUCUCGCUCCGCCUGCCCCCGCUCCCGCUCCGCCUGCUCCCGCUCCCGCCCUCCAACCGCUCCAGCUGCUCACAGCUCAGCACUCCGAGCCCCAGCAGGAUGUCCAAGCCCAGGCCUUCCAGACUGCAUCCUGCCCGUGCAAUCCUGCUCCUCCGGGUCCUCCUCCAAGUCCUCCUCCGAAUCCUCUUCCGGGUCCCCCUCCGGGUCCUCCGGCUGAUAAACCGCCAUCCCCAGCCAGCAGCGCGACUCCCGACCCCUUUCCCAAGCAACAUGUGGCAGAUGCAGAAGAGAGCUCUGGAGGCGAAAGCCGUCGCAGUAGUUACGGCAGCAUUGACGUCUCCCGCAACCACCCCGGCCCCAGCUCCAGCCAAGGCAAGGGCACUAAGGGCCAUGGCAAGGCGGAGGACAAAGGAAAGGGCAAAAAAGGCAAGCCCCAGCCCCAGCCCAACCGACAGCACCAUCCCCGUUAUGCAGAAGGUUGGUGGGUUUCUGAUGCGAACAAUUGGGACCAUGCAUGGGCUGGUCCUUGGUGGGGCUAUGGCUACGACGAAUAUUGGCGCUGGGCGGCGGAAAGCUAUGGACAGCGGCCCCGGCACCCUCGGGCCAACCGCAAUCGCCGCAGACCCGCCCCGCAGAGAGUGGUGAAUCAGGAAUCCACGGGUGGAGGUGCCACAGUCGAGCCUGCGGAGCCUGCACCGGACGCACCAAAUCGCAGCAAAGAGAUGGGCACUCUGAACUGGCAGUGA